CUCUCUCUCUCUGUCUGUCUCUCGAAAAUCACAUUUCACACCUUAGCUUUCAGUAGUUUCCUCACAUUAUCAUCAACCAUGGCUGAACACCAAACACACCACCAGAUGCAACAACAUGGAAUGCAACAUGGCCAGCAUCAACCAGGAGGCGCGAUGAAGAGUUUGCUUCCAGAGAAAGGUCCAACAACUUCACAAGUGGUUGCAGUUGUCACUUUGUUUCCAGUUGGUGGAAUACUACUUACUCUUGCUGGUUUGAUCCUCACUGGUACUAUCAUAGGUUUGGCUGUUGCAACACCACUCUUUGUUAUUUUUAGUCCUGUUUUGGUACCUGCUGCUAUUACCAUUGGUUUAGCUGUUAUGGGUUUUCUUACCUCUGGUGCAUUUGGGCUUACUGCACUAUCAUCCCUAUCUUGGAUUAUCAAUUACAUUCGUGGAGCUCGUGUACCUGAAACCUUGGAUCAAGCUAGACGUCGCAUGCAGGAAUCAGCAGGACAAAUGACUCAGCAAGUGGGACAGAAGGCUAAGGAUGUAGGGCAAACCAUCCAGCAGAAAGCCUGAAACGGAGCUGUUGCUAAGGGAGUGGUAGCAAAAGAAAGGAGUGUUGUUGAUCGUACCGAUGCUUUAUGGCCUCCAAUGGGGUUUAAACAGUCGAGGGGAAAAUGGAUCAUGUUUCUGUUUGUUUGUGUUUAGUUUUUGCAAGUGUUUGUGUGUGUUUGUUUGUUUGUUGGGUCUUGGGGUUAAGAAGUUGGUGGUUACAUUAGGGUUGCAGUGGUGAGGUCUGUGGUGGUGUUAUCUAUCUCUCCAUCUAGUAGUUGAUAUAAUAAAACCUAGUACUAAUAGGCAGUUGAGUGAUGAGUUCUAUUGCAUGUAGAGGAUGCUUUACUGUUUUCAGUGCUUUGUAGAGAGAUUCUAAUUUAACGUUUAAAUGGUUUGUUUUCAUUGCA